CGCAGGACCAGCCGUCUGACGGGAUGGACAGAGGCGCACGGACCGGCACGCCGGCGGAGGAGUGCGUUGGUGUUGGAGAACCGUGUGCUGAGGAUGUGGCUUGCCUUUGGUUACGCGGGGACACGCCGGCGGUAGACAAGCCUUUCUAACCGCACGCACGGGCAGCAUCGCAGACAGCCAUGCCGGCCGGAGUCUGCCGGUCCCCCCGGUGAGGCUCGGAGCUCCUGGCUGGGCAGACAUGAACGACCCCCGGCAGUCCCAAGAGGACAAGCACAAGCUCAGCAGAGGCCUGUCCAAGUUCAGGGACCCGCCCCGAAUCAUGCAGUCGGAUGAUUAUUUUGCUCGGAAGUUGAAAGCCGUCAAUGGCAGCAUGGGACCCGCGGCUUCUCUGAAUGUCCCGGGUCCCACAGAGGGCAGUGCUGGUCCAGCCAACGGGACCCCGGCCGUGCCCAAGAUGGGCGUGAGGGCCAGAGUGUCCGAGUGGCCCCCUAAGAAGGACUGCUCCAAGGAGCUGACCUGCAAGUCGCUGUGGGAAAGCCGGUCUCAGGCCAGCUAUGAAGGCGUCCCGUCCGUCAUACAGAAUGGACAGAGCGACCAGAGCGACGGGCAGCAGGAGGAGCCGCUCGACCUGGACUUCGUGGAGGCCAAAUACGCGGUCGGAGAUGUCUUCGUCCACUCUCCACAGCGAGGACUCCACCCCGUAAGGCAGAGGAGCAACAGCGAUGUCACCAUCAGUGACAUCGACGCCGAGGACGUCCUGGACCAGAAUGCAGUGAACCCCAACACCGGGGCCGCCCUGCACCGCGAGUACGGCAGCACCUCAUCCAUCGACAGGCAGGGCCUGUCUGGAGAGAACUUCUUUGCCAUGCUUCGAGGGUACCGAGUGGAGAAUUACGACCACAAGGCACUGGUCCCCCUUGGGUUCCCCGAGUUUUUCCCCUGUGACCCUGCGAUCUCCCCCAGCCUUCACGCAGCUGCCCAGAUCUCUCGGGGAGAGUUUGUCCGCCUCUCAGGAUUAGACUACGUGGACAGCGCUCUCCUGAUGGCCAGGGACAGGGACAAGCCUUUCAAACGCAGGUUGAAGUCCGAGUCAGUGGAAACUUCCCUCUUCCGAAAGCUGCGCACAGUUAAAAGUGAGCACGAGACCUUCAAGUUCACGUCCGACCUAGAGGAGAGCCGCCUCGAGAGGGGCGUCCGCCCUUGGAACUGCCAACGGUGUUUUGCGCAUUAUGAUGUCCAGAGCAUCUUGUUCAACAUCAACGAAGCCAUGGCCACGAGGGCUAACGUGGGCAAGAGGAAGAACAUAACCACAGGCGCGUCGGCCGCGUCCCAGACCCAGGCGCCGGCAGGCCAGCCCGGUACCUGCGAGUCCCCGCUCGGGAGCAAGGAGGACCUCAACUCCAAGGAGAACCUGGACGCCGACGAGGGCGAUGGCAAGAGCAACGAGCUGGUCCUCAGCUGCCCCUACUUCAGGAACGCGACGGGCGGGGGGGGGGGGGGGCGGCCCCCCCCCCCCUGCCCCUACUCCAGGAACGAGACCGGCGGGGAGGGUGACAGGCGCAUCGCCCUCUCGCGAGCCAGCUCGGCCCCGCUCGGCGCCGGCGAGAGCUGCUCCUUCGAAGCGUCGCUCAGCUCCCACUGCACCAACGCGGGCGUCUCGGUCUUGGAGGUGCCCAGGGAGAGCCAGCCCGUGCACAGGGAGAAGGUGAAGCGCUACGUCAUUGAGCACAUCGACCUGGGCGCCUACUACUACCGCCGGUUCUUCCACGGCAAAGAGCACCAGAACUACUUUGGGAUAGAUGAGAACCUCGGCCCGGUGGCAGUCAGCAUCCGGAGAGAGAAGGUGGAAGACGCCAAGGAGAAGGAAGGGUCCCAGUUCAACUACCGCGUGGCCUUCAGGACGAGUGAGCUUACGACACUGAGAGGAGCGAUUUUAGAAGACGCCAUCCCUUCCACCGCCAGGCACGGCACCGCCCGAGGCCUGCCUCUCAAGGAGGUGCUGGAGUAUGUCAUCCCCGAGCUGAGCAUCCCGUGCCUGCGGCAGGCGUCCAGUUCGCCCAAGGUCUCGGAGCAGCUGCUCAAGCUGGACGAGCAAGGGCUGAGCUUUCAGCACAAGAUCGGGAUCCUUUACUGCAAGGCCGGCCAGAGCACAGAGGAGGAGAUGUACAACAACGAGACGGCAGGACCAGCUUUUGAAGAAUUCCUUGAUCUUCUGGGCCAGAGAGUACGGCUGAAAGGAUUCAGUAAAUACCGAGCUCAACUGGACAAUAAAACGGACUCCACGGGAACGCACUCCCUCUACACCACGUACAAGGACUACGAGCUCAUGUUCCACGUGUCCACCCUGCUCCCCUACAUGCCCAGCAACAGGCAGCAGCUCCUGAGGAAGAGGCACAUCGGAAAUGACAUCGUCACCAUCGUCUUCCAAGAGCCCGGGGCACUGCCCUUCACUCCAAAGAGCAUCCGGUCUCACUUCCAGCACGUCUUCGUCAUCGUCAAAGUGCACAGUCCCUGCACCGAGAAUGUGUGCUACAGUGUCGGAGUUUCCAGGUCAAAAGAUGUGCCACCGUUUGGUCCGCCGAUCCCCAAAGGUGUGACUUUUCCAAAGUCAGCUGUGUUUCGGGACUUCCUCUUAGCCAAAGUCAUCAAUGCAGAAAAUGCAGCCCAUAAAUCGGAAAAGUUCCGAGCCAUGGCCACUCGGACAAGGCAGGAGUACUUGAAAGACCUGGCAGAGAACUUUGUCACCGCCGCCACCGUGGACACGUCUGCGAAGUUCAGCUUCAUCACGCUGGGCGCGAAGAAGAAGGAGAAGGUAAAGCCCAGGAAGGACGCCCACCUGUUCAGCAUCGGAGCCAUCACGUGGCACGUGGUCGCACGGGACUUUGGCCAGUCUGCCGACAUCGAAUGCCUUCUUGGGAUUUCCAAUGAGUUCAUCAUGUUGAUUGAAAAGGACUCCAAGAAUGUCGUAUUUAAUUGUUCCUGCAGGGAUGUUAUCGGGUGGACCUCUGGAUUAAUGAGUAUCAAAGUGUUUUACGAAAGAGGAGAAUGUAUCCUCCUGUCCUCAGUGGAUAACUGCACUGAAGACAUAAGGGAGAUUGCCCAGCGGCUGGUGAUAGUGACGAGAGGCUGUGAGACCGUGGAAAUGACCCUGCGGAGGAACGGGCUGGGCCAGCUCGGCUUCCACGUGAACUUUGAAGGAAUAGUGGCGGACGUGGAGCCGUUUGGCUUCGCCUGGAAGGCUGGCCUGCGCCAGGGGAGCCGCCUCGUGGAGAUAUGCAAAGUGGCCGAGCUGGUACAAACCCGGGGCCAUCUGGGUCCUGGCCAGCGAGCCUUCGUCCACGAGGACCGGUCCUUCGCCAUAGCUCCACCUCAGCCUUCAGCAGACGACCCGCGUGCUCUACACAACGAGGGUGACGCUCCGGGCUGCUCGGAGCUCUGCCGGAUCCCCAUGGUGGAAUACAAGCUGGACAGCGAGGGCACGCCCUGCGAGUACAAGACCCCCUUCAGGAGGAACACCACGUGGCACCGUGUGCCUGCGCCUGCCCUGCAGCCCCUGUCCAGGGCCUCCCCUGUGCCCGGCACACCUGACCGGCUGCAGCUGCUCCAGCAGGCCCAGGCUGCCAUCCCUCGCAGCACCUCCUUUGACCGGAAGCUGCCCGAUGGCACGAGAAGCUCGCCCAGCAACCAGUCAUCCUCCAGUGACCCGGGACCCGGAGGGAGCGGACCUUGGAGACCACAAGUGGGCUAUGACGGGUGCCAGUCUCCUCUGCUGCUCGAGCACCAGGGCCCCCUGGAGUGUGACGGCGCCCGGGAGCGAGAGGACGCCCUGGAAGGAAGCAGGCACCCAGAAACCAAAUGGCACGGCCCGUCGUCCAAACUCCUGAGUUCCUACAAGGAGCGUGCCUUACAGAAGGAUGGAAGCGGCACAGAGUCCCCCAGUAAGCUGUCUCACGCCGGGGAGAAGAGCUGCUCCAGCCACUCCAGCAGCAACACGCUGUCCAGCAACACCUCCAGCAACAGCGACGACAAGCACUUCGGCUCAGGGGACCUGAUGGACCCCGAGCUGCUGGGUCUGACCUACAUCAAAGGGGCGUCGACCGACAGUGGCAUCGACACGGCCCCGUGCAUGCCCGCUGCCCUGCUGGGCCCCGUGCACCUGGCGGGCUGCAGGGCCCUGACGCACAGUCGGGCCGAGCAGUGGGCCGAUGCCUCCGAUGUCUCUGGGCCUGACGACGAGCCCUCCAAGAUGUACACCAUGCACGGCUACGCAGCCGCCAUCUCCGCCAGCGGCACUGCCGACGGCAGCCUGGGCGACCUCAGCGAGAUCUCGUCCCAUUCCAGUGGCUCUCACCGCUCAGGAAGCCCCUCGGCUCACUGCCCCAAGGCGAGCGGCUCUCUGGAUACAUCCAAAGUCUACAUCGUGCCUCACAGCAGCAGCCAGCAGGGCCCUGGGCCCACGUCCAAGGCCUACCACAGGCAGGGCGCCGUGAGCAAGUUCGUCAUCGGCUGGAAGAAAGUGGAGGGCAGCCCGCCGCCCGAGGAGCCCGACGUGGGCGACUGUGCCGGGAUGUACAGCGAGAUGGAUGUCCUGGCCCCGCCGCCUCAGCUUCAGGCAGUGCCGGGAGACGCCGUCACAGAAGCCCAGCACGUCCUGUCCAAGGAAGACUUUCUGAAACUGAUGCUUCCCGACAGCCCCUUAAUGGAGGAGGGGAGAAGGAAGUUUUCGUUCUAUGGGAACCUGUCUCCACGGCGGUCCCUGUACCGUACUCUCUCCGACGAGAGCGUGUGCAGCAACCGGAGGGGGUCCUCGUUCGGCGGCUCCCGGAGCUCAGUCCUGGACCAGGCCCUGCCCAACGACAUCCUGUUCAGCACCACCCCGCCCUACCGCAGCACGCUGCCUCCGCGCACCCACCCCACACCCAGCGUCGGCAGCCUGAGAAAUGAGUUCUGGUUCUCCGACGGGUCCUUAUCAGAUAAGUCCAAGUGUGCAGACCCUGGCCUGAUGCCCCUCCCGGACACAGCCACGGGGCUGGACUGGUCCCAUCUCGUGGACGCGGCUCGGGCGUUUGAAGGUCUUGACUCAGACGAGGAGCUCGGGCUGCCCUGCCACCACCCGUCUUGUCUAGACCAGAGAGUGGCAUCCUUUUGCACCCUGGCAGACAUGCAGCAUGGCCAGGACUUGGAAGGGGCCCCAGAGCUGCCCUUGUGUGUGGACGCAGCCAGCGGCAAAGAGUUCCUGGACGCAGCUGGGGAGCGCUCUGCGUCCACGCUGACCGGGAAGGUCAACCAGCUGGAGCUGAUCCUCCGACAGCUCCAGACCGACCUCCGCAAGGAGAAGCAGGACAAGGCAGUGCUCCAGGCAGAGGUGCAGCACCUGCGGCGGGACAACAUGCGGCUGCAGGAGGAGUCGCAGACCGCCGCGGCCCAGCUGCGCAAGUUCACCGAGUGGUUUUUCAACACCAUCGACAAGAAGUCCUAACCUGUUGGUGCCUGGUCGGGGGUCCCUGGAGGUGCUGCUGUCCCUCCGAAGUUGCAGACACCUGGUUUUCUGUGUGCUCUCAACCAGCCAUAGAUGUUUUCACCGUCCCAUUCGUGUAGCACCACUCGCCCCAGCAGGGAGGGGGCCUCGAUCUUCCCGGUAGCCACGCAGAGAACAGUGCGAUGGGUGUGAACGCAUGGACUCCCAGGGUGAAGACGAAUGGAAAUGCCGGUGUCAGUGUAGACCUUGUUGUCUUAGACUCUAACACGGGGCUCUGGCUUGGGCUAACCUCCAGAAGGAAGGGAGUCGAGUGUAACUUCCUGUGUAUCAGGUGACCUGGUAGAGAUGUUAAAGAAUUUACCGUAGUCGGGCUUUAGUAUUGUAAAAUAAACGCAGAAGCGAAUAAUCGGACAUAGACUUUAAUGUUAAAGGUGCUCUAUUUUUUUGGAUGUACAGUAGUUUUAUUCCACAGCCACGUUAUCAUAGCAAUAAGAAAAGAGGCGUAGGAGAUAGUUGGCAAAGCUUUGUCGGGUGAGGGGGAAAAAAGCACUCAAGUGUUUACCACUCGUUCGAAUGCAUUUACCUUAGAGACUUAUUUAUUUGCAGGAAUAAAUGGUGCCUGAAUAUGAACAGCGUUCUGAUUAAAAACAGCAACCAAGGAUACGCACGCCUUGUAAAUGGCUCACCGACUUGUCGGUGGUCACUUCAACUCUCCCUUCACUUUUGUGUAGCUGCUCUGCUGGAGAAAGCAGACCCGCUUCCUGCCGGCUCCGUGUACCGAGAGCCCGCAGUCACUUGUACAAUGCCAGAUUUGUUAUCUGUACAGAAGCUCCGACCAAGUGUCUUGUAUUUAACACCCUUAUUUAAGCUUAUUUAACCUUAAAUCGUUAAUUUUAUAAAGUUUGGUUGUAGCUGCACUACGACGCGGGAGGGAGGGAGCAGCGACGCGGGAGAGUCGGAGCUUGCCUGGAACAAGCUGAGAGUCCCAGGGACUGGACGCUGCGAGGAGCGAGUUUGGACUGCUUUACCAUUUUUAACUGUUAUAUUUGAGAUGAACAUACAUUUUGCUUUUUUAAUAAAUGUUUAAAAGAAGUCCACAUAAGUAAUGGUGUGGUUGG